AAAUUGUGAGUCGGAUCAGUUUAUCAAUAUACAGAAAAUAAAGAUUAAUACGAGAUACUUCACCUGGAAGUAUAAGGCGAGCCAUUGGAUCGAAGCGUUAGCUUUUCAGUUAGGUCUGAAUUUAGUGACUAAAAUAUAAAAAUGAAAUUGUCCAGCUAAAAGAGAUAACCGCAUAUGAAAAGUGCCUAGGCAAGCGAAGUUUUUAUGUAUACGACUUUGUAUUGGCUUGCACGUGUCUACCUAGUCCCAGUUACACUGUAUGCGACAUCUGCGACGACAAUGCAAGCCAUUGAAGCGCCGCCUCAAAAGGUUAUCGUUGACACACAGCCCGCCAAGUUCAGUCGAGUAAUGUGAACCGGCAGGCGAAGGGCGCCUCCGUCGGCCACUUUAUAAAAUGGCUAGCUAGCGCGGUUCGCGGCACCAGUUGCUUCUCAGGCACGCAUCAUGAGCAGCGGCAGACAUUUGGCAAAAGGCUCAGCGACGCCCGAUGUGCCCGAGGAUGGCAUUCUUCGUUUGUACUCCAUGCGCUUCUGUCCGUUUGCGCAGCGUGUGCAUCUGGUACUGGACGCCAAACAGAUACCCUAUCACAGCAUCUACAUAAAUCUCACAGAGAAACCAGACUGGCUUUUCGAAAAGAAUCCGCUGGGCAAGGUGCCGGCGCUGGAGCUGGUGCGUGAGCCUGGCCCGCCCGUGCUGACCGAAUCGUUGCUCAUCUGCGAGUACCUCGAUGAGCAGUAUCCACUGCGUCCGCUCUAUCCGCGUGAUCCGCUGAAAAAGGUGCAGGAGAAGCUGCUCAUUGAGCGCUUUGGAGCCGUGCUGGGCGCCUUCUUCAAGGCAUCCGAUGGCGGUGAGCUGGAGCCCUUCUGGUGCGGCCUGGACAAAUACGAGCAUGAGUUGAGCAGGCGUGACACGCCCUUCUUUGGCGGCGAACAAACUGGCAUAUUGGACUACAUGAUCUGGCCCUGGUGCGAGCGUCUGGAGCUGCUCCAGCUGCAGCGCGGCGAUGACUACAACUAUGAUGAGCAGCGCUUUCCACAGCUGACGCAGUGGCUGGACCGCAUGAAACGUGAUCCCGCUGUGAUGGCAUUCUAUAUGGAAGCUGAGGUGCAGGCUGAAUUCUUGCGUACGCGCAGCGCUGGUAAACCCAAUUAUAAUCUUCUGGUGAAGGAUGCAUGAGUAGCGCCUGCAUCUU